CCACCAACACACAAACGUUAUGUAAACGUUUAAAAAUCGUUUUUCGUUCGUAAACCUGCCGAAUGGUUUGUUUCUCUAACGAUAAAAACGUCCUGCGUGAACACUAUGUCUAAAAACGCCGCGUGAACGUUUUAGAAACGUUCAGAUCCGAACUUUACCUCCUGAUCUCCCCGCAUAGAGGGCGUAAGACUCGCAAGCAAUAUCAAUCAUCAGAAGUUUCUAGUAUCGUCCAUCAUUUAAUGUACUUAACCUAUACGCAUACGUUUUUCUUGAAUCAACUUUAUUAUAAUUAUACGAUUAUAAGUUUUUAUCGUACGAACAUUCAAGUAUACGAUAAAAAGACACAGAUAGAAUACAAAACGACGUGCGUGCAACAAAGACAACCACAUUCAGUUGUAACAACUUAACAAGGUUGGUACACCUGGGGUUUGAACGGUCAGAAAUUUCUACCUCUGUCUGUCAGCCGAACGUCCGCAUCGUGGCGAAAACGGUGUGAAGAAAGUGAUCAGAGGAGAAUUAAGAGAAGGAGAGAGAGAGAGAGAGAGAGAGAGAGAGAGAGAGAGAGAGAGCAAGGAGAAUUGAUGUGCUUUGGAAGCCUCAAUAAUGAAUAUAUUGUAUUUUACGAAAUGACCGAGUUACACAAACGAUCUAUUGGGGAGCGAAGGCUAAGGAGAUACGCCAAAGCUGAAGCUGAUAAGAUAUUCGCUCAUAUAUUAGAAGAUGAUGAGGACAUUUUAAACGUGAUUACAGCAGAUAGUGUUAUAAAUUCACAUGAGACUCAAGAUAUCUCUCAAGAUUCUAUUAAUAAUAUUAGCGAAUCUGCACAUAGCAAUGAAAAUUUACAGCUUUCAAGGCAAAUAAAUGAUGAUAACAAUAGUGAAUAUGUUUGUAUGAGACAUGAUCUGUUAGCAAGUAUUGAAUCAGAUAGUAACUCAAGCGAUGAAGAUGAAGAAGACAAUGAUGAGGAUAACCAAGUGAAUUUCAGGCAAUGGCUAAGAGAAUGGAACUUAAAACACAAUAUUACAGUGGAAGCGUGCAGAGAGCUUCUUGCUAAACUAAAACCAUAUCAUCCAGACUUGCCCUUAGAUCCGCGGACUCUCAAUAAGACGCCUAGAGUAACAUCAAUUGUAGAAUUCGGCAACGGUUCCUAUGUCCAUAUUGGAUUAAUACCAGGACUUGAAAGACGCCUACAAAAUUGUGGACUGAAAAAUUUUGGCACAAACAAAAUAGGAUUGGAUGUUAAUAUUGAUGGAAUAAAUAUGACCAAAAGCUGUGUCACUGAUGUGUGGCCUAUUUUGUGUAGGUCCUUGGAUUUAAUUGAUGACAGACCGUUUGUUGUCGGAAUUUUUGUAGGAUCAGGUAAACCAGACAAUGUAAAUAAGUAUUUGCAAGACUUUAUUUUAGAGGUAUUAAAAUUGAAAAGUGAUGGUCUGGUUUUGAAUGGUGUGAUGCAUGAAGUUUAUAUCAGAUGUUUUAUUUGCGAUGCUCCUGCAAGACAGUAUCUAAAAUGUAUUGUGGGUCAUGGAGCAUAUCAUGCAUGUGAGAGAUGUACUCAAUCUGGAGAAUAUGAAUUUCAUAGAAUGUGUUAUUCCACUGAAACGCACACACCACGUAGUGAUAAAGACUUCGUGAAUCAGUCAGAUCCUGAGCACCACACUGGAAUAUCCCCUCUUUUAAUUCUACCUGUACGAAUGGUAACACAAUUUGUUCUGGAUCCUUUUCAUUUGGUGUUAGAAGGCGUCACGAAAAGAUUUAUGACAUUUAUUUUAAAAGGAACAAAAUCGGGAAUGCGUUUGACAGCAAUGAAGAUUGCUGAAAUUGCUGAGAGAAUGAAGAACUUACGUGCUCAUAUUCCAUCAGAAUUUGCUCGUAAACCAAGAAAAAUGGGACUAAACGAGCUUGGAAAAUGGAAAGGAACAGAAUGGAGAUUAUUCCUUUUCUACGUUGGCUGCAUCGUUCUCAAUGAUAUUCUACCUCCCACUCUAUACAAUUUAUUUUUAAUGUUGCAAUGCGCAAUGAUUAUUUUGUCUACACCACGCUUCAGUAAAAAUGAGUCAUACAUACAUUUUGCUCAGGAUGUGAUAAAUAAUUUUGUUAAAAUUUGUGCACAUAGAGGAGUAUUUGAUAAAAAAUUCGUUGUUUAUAAUGUUCAUAAUCUCCUCCAUUUGUGCGAUGAUGUGAAAAACUUUGGUGUGCUAACUGAUUACAGUGCAUUUCCUUUUGAAAGUUACUUAGGACAAUUAAAAAAAUUACUGCGAGCACCAAGCAAUCCCCUGCAACAGCUUACAAGAAGGUUAGCUGAGAGAGAUUACCUAUAUGAAUAUUCGCAAAAAUCAAGCGAGUUUACACCAGGAAGACAAGUGCUUGGAAAAGAUGAAUAUAAAAUUCUUUCAUCCUCUUCAUUCACUUUGAGUACCGUCCAUAAACGAGACAGGUACUUUCUAUAUGAGGAAAGCAUUGCCACUGCCAAAUCUAUACAGAAACUUCCAAAUGGAAACAUUGUCAUUAUUGCUAACGUUUGUGAUAUAAAAGAAAAUUAUUUUACUUAUCCAUGUGAAUCUAUUAAGCUUGGUAUUUACAAUCUUGGAGAAAUGUCCUGGAAUCGUCGGAAUGUUAUUGUGCCAAUUGAAGCUGUAAAGACAAAAUAUACGGUCCUACCCUGCAAUACAAAUAUGAUAGCUAUCCCUAUGCUACAUUCAUUUUAAAAGAAAAAAUAUGCUAUUGCCGAUCUUAUUAAUACCAUAAGCGGCGAAUCAUUUCUUGAAGUAAGUGUUGUUGCCUGGAAUUGGAUCAGUGAUGAUGGCUCAAAAUGUGUCUAUCCUACGUAUCUACCUCCCAAAAAACAAGCGAUUGCAAUUGAAGAUUGCAUGGAGCCCAACCCUCAAUUUACAUCAUAUCCUUCAACGAUACGUUAUUGGUUUGCAACAUACUCAGAAGCUCGAGCAAGAUUAGAACGAGCAACAAUGCAUACGGAUAUUGAGUCUGCGGAUGACAAAACAAGCAGGGCAAAACGC